AUGAGAAGGUUUUCGGGAUUUUUGCGCGUUGCUGCGGCAUGUUUGUGUCGGAACAAAGUUGACUUUUCCGACUUGCAGAGAGAACUCCAAGAAGUAAAGAAAAGAGUUGGUGCUAUAGAAGAGAGACAAACUCUUCAGUCGCUACUGGCAUUUUAUAGCUCUCGUCCCAUGCAAAAAAUGAGCAACCUUAAUGAAGUAAUAUAUUAUUGCCUAAAAACUGGCUACAACGCCGAAAUUUUUUGCCAUAUGGAACUACCCGUACUUCUUGCUCGUCUUAUUAUGGCCAUUGAUACACUUCCUUGCGGACUCAACGCCAUGCCAUCAGUUUUAUUGGUUAGAAACACUUAUUUGGAUUCCUUUAAAAAACUGAUCAAGUGCGAUUUUCCGGAUAAUGAUGAAAGUAUUUUACAUUUUCGACGCGUUGUUGCUGAUAUCGAGGAGGCGCAUUCAAAAAGGGACGUUCUGGGUACUAUGGCAAUGGGCCUACUUGAGCUGAAAAAAUUGCUUUCUCGUCAUAGGCAAUAUGUUUUUAGUCAAAACAAAAAACCUUCAGGUUCUGCUUUUGAAUUGACUUUGGAUGAAGCGUUGAUGGAUGUUACAAAGCCCAUGGACAAUUUCAGUUUACGCAUGGUCAAUUACAAUUUUAUUUCAAGAAUGCUUCUCACACUUGAAGAAAAUGAUGAUGAUAUGGUGGGAAUGGUUGAUCUUAAAAUUGAUCUUGAAAGAGUAGUACGCAAUGCUGUCGAUGAUGCAAAGGAGGUUUGUACACAGCACUAUGGAGACUGCCCAGAUGUAAAAUUUAUCAUUUCGAAAGAUGCUAACACAAUGCGCUUUCCUCACAUGAGCUCAACGAUCACGUACAUUGUUGUUGAGCUGAUGAAAAAUGCAUUUCGAGCGACCGUGGAGUCUCAUAUGGAACGCAAUUCUGCAGGUAUGGUGGACUGUAGUAACAUGCCUCCUGUGGAAGUUCUGGUAAAUAUAAAAAAAAACGCCAAACAUGCAUGUAUUUGUGUUUCGGAUGAAGGUUUGGGAAUGACUCGAGCCCAGUGUGAGUUGGCAAUGACCUAUGCAUACACAACGGUGAAAAGGCCAGUCAUCCAACAUGGUGCUGAUGAGGAUCCAGAAGAAGAACGAAAUGGCGUUUCCCCUCUGGCAGGUUAUGGCUUUGGCCUGCCCAUGUCUAGAGUGUAUGCACAAGCAUUCGGUGGUGAUCUUGUGAUGAGUACAAUGGAGGGGUAUGGUACCCGUGUUUAUUACUAUAUCAAGCCUUGA